GCUGAGAGCUAGCAGGGGAAAUUCAGGACCAUGAUGGCUCAAUUUCCCAGCGCUAUGAAUGGAGGGCCAAACAUGUGGGCUAUUACCUCUGAAGAACGCACCAAGCAUGACAAGCAGUUUGAUAACCUCAAACCCUCAGGAGGUUACAUAACAGGUGAUCAAGCUCGUUCCUUUUUCCUACAGUCAGGCCUACCAGCUCCCAUUUUAGCCGAUAUAUGGGCUUUAUCAGACCUGAACAAGGAUGGAAAGAUGGACCAGCAGGAGUUCUCCAUCGCUAUGAAACUCAUCAAACUAAAGCUUCAAGGCCAGCAGCUGCCUGUGGUUCUCCCUCCUAUCAUGAAGCAACCUCCUAUGUUCUCGCCGUUGAUUUCUGCUCGUUUUGGAAUGGGGAGCAUGCCCAAUCUGUCCAUUCCUCAGCCGUUGCCUCCAGUGGCGCCUCUCGCAACGCCCUUGUCUGCUAUGACUUCAGGGACCACCCUUCCUCCCUUGAUGAUGCCUGCUCCCCUGGUGCCUUCUGUUAGCACUUCUUCAUUACCAAAUGGGACUGCCAGCCUCGCCCAGCCUUUAUCCAUUCCAUACUCUUCUUCAACAUUGCCUCACGGGUCAUCUUACAGUCUGAUGGGAGGAUUCGGUGGUGCUAGUAUACAGAAAGCCCAGUCGCUGAUUGAUUUAGGAUCUAGUAGCUCAACUUCCUCAACUGCUUCCCUCUCAGGGAACUCGCCCAAAACUGGACCCGCCGAGUGGGCAGUUCCCCAGCCUUCAAGAUUAAAAUACCGGCAGAAGUUUAAUAGUCUUGACAAAAGCAUGAGUGGCUACCUCUCAGGUUUUCAAGCUAGAAAUGCCCUCCUUCAAUCAAACCUUUCUCAAACUCAGCUAGCUACUAUUUGGACUCUGGCUGACAUUGAUGGUGACGGACAGCUCAAAGCAGAGGAGUUUAUUCUUGCGAUGCACCUCACCGAUAUGGCCAAAGCUGGACAGCCAUUGCCACUGACCUUACCUCCUGAGCUGGUCCCCCCUUCUUUCAGAGGAGGAAAACAAACAGAUUCCAUUAAUGGAACUCUGCCUUCCUACCAGAAAAUGCAGGAAGAACCACCUCAGAAAAAGUUACCAGUGACUUUCGAGGACAAGCGGAAAGCCAACUACGAGCGGGGAAACAUGGAGCUGGAGAAGCGCCGCCAGGUCCUGAUGGAGCAGCAGCAGAGGGAGGCAGAGCGGAAAGCCCAGAAAGAAAAGGAAGAGUGGGAACGAAAACAGAGAGAGUUACAGGAGCAAGAGUGGAAGAAACAGCUCGAAUUAGAAAAACGCCUGGAGAAGCAGAGGGAACUGGAGAGACAACGGGAGGAAGAAAGGAGAAAAGAGUUAGAAAGAAGAGAGGCAGCAAAACAGGAACUGGAGCGACAGCGCCGAUUAGAGUGGGAGAGGAUCCGGCGACAGGAACUUCACAAUCAGAGGAAUCGAGAGCAGGAAGAAAUUGUCAGGUUAAACUCGAAAAAGAACAGUCUUCAGCUCGAGCUGGAAGCCCUGAAUGGCAAGCAGCAGCAAAUCUCAGGCCGACUUCAAGAUGUCCGGCUCCGAAAGCAAACUCAGAAGACCGAGCUGGAAGUUCUGGAUAAGCAGUGCGACCUUGAAAUUAUGGAAAUCAAGCAACUCCAACAAGAUCUGCAGGAAUAUCAAAAUAAGCUUAUCUAUUUGGUUCCUGAGAAGCAGUUAUUAAAUGAAAGAAUUAAAAGCAUGCAGCUUAGUAACACACCUGAUCUAGGGAUUGGUUUACUUAAUAAAAAAUCAUCUGAAAAGGAAGAAUUAUGCCAAAGACUUAAAGAACAGUUAGAUGCUCUUGAAAAAGAAACUGCAUCCAAGUUAUCCGAAAUGGAUUCAUUUAACAGUCAACUAAAGUGUGGGAGUAUGGAUGACUCUGUUCUCCAGUGCCUUUUGUCUCUGCUAAGCUGUCUCAACAACCUCUUCCUCUUACUUAAGGAACUGAGAGAAAGUUAUAAUACACAGCAGUUAGCCCUUGAACAACUUCAUAAGAUCAAACAUGACAAGUUGAAGGAAAUGGAACGGAAAAGAUCAGAGCUAAUACAGAAAAAGAAACUAGAAGAUGAGGCUGCCAGGAAAGCAAAGCAAGGAAAAGAAAAUCUAUGGCGAGAAAAUCUUAGAAAAGAGGAAGAAGAAAAGCAAAAGCGACUCCAGGACGAAAGAAUGCAAGAAAAAGUUCAAGUGGAGGAACGGAAAACUGAAGAAAAACAAUUUGUGCCAGCUGGUAGCACAUUGGUGAAUUACAGAGCAUUAUACCGCUUCGAAGCAAGGAAUCAUGAUGAGAUGAGUUUCAAUUCUGGAGAUAUAAUACAGGUUGAUGAAAAAACCAUUGGAGAACCUGGUUGGUUUUAUGGCAGUUUUCAAGGAAAUGUUGGCUGGUUUCCAAGCAAUUAUGUAGAAAAAGUGCCGUCAAGUGAAAAGGCUUUGUCUCCUAAGAAGGCCUUACUUCCUCCCACAGUAUCUUUACCUGCUACCUCAACUUCUUCAGAAUCACUUUCUUCAAAUCAACCAGCAAUGGGGACUGAUUAUCAAAACGUAUCAUUUUCAAAACUAACCGUUAAUGCUUCAUGGCAGAAGAAAUCAGCAUUUACUCGCACUGUGUCCCCUGGAUCUGUGUCACCUAUUCAUGGCCAGGGACAGGCUGUCGAAAACCUAAAAGCACAGGCCCUUUGUUCCUGGACCGCAAAAAAAGACAACCACUUGAACUUCUCAAAGCACGACGUCAUUACUGUCUUGGAGCAGCAAGAAAACUGGUGGUUUGGGGAGGUGCAUGGAGGAAGAGGAUGGUUUCCGAAAUCUUACGUCAGGAUCAUCCCUGGGAAUGAAGUCAAGCGGAAAGAACCAGAAUCUUUAUAUGCGGCUGUAAACAAGAAACCUACCUCCACCACCUAUGCAGUUGGGGAAGAGUAUAUUGCACUUUAUCCAUAUUCAAGUGUCGAACCUGGAGAUCUGACAUUUGCUGAAGGUGAAGAGAUAUUGGUCACCCAGAAAGAUGGAGAAUGGUGGACUGGAAGUAUUGGAGAUAGAUCUGGGAUUUUUCCGUCAAAUUAUGUCAAGCCGAAAGAUCAAGAGAGUCUUGGCAGUGCCAGCAAGUCCGGAACAUUAAGCAAAAAACCUGAGAUUGCUCAAGUAACUUCAGCAUACGUGGCUUCUGGUUCUGAACAACUGAGCCUAGCACCAGGACAGUUGAUAUUAAUACUGAAGAAAAAUUCGAGUGGUUGGUGGCAGGGGGAGUUACAGGCCAGAGGGAAAAAGCGGCAGAAAGGAUGGUUUCCGGCCAGCCAUGUGAAGCUUUUGGGUCCUAGCAGUGAAAGAACGACUCCUGCCUUUCAUCCUGUCUGUCAGGUGAUCGCCAUGUACGACUACACAGCAAACAAUGAGGACGAGCUCAAUUUCUCCAAGGGGCAGCUUAUUAACGUCCUGAACAAAGAUGAUCCUGACUGGUGGCAAGGAGAGAUCAACGGGGUGACCGGCCUCUUCCCUUCAAACUACGUGAAGAUGACAACGGACUCGGACCCAAGUCAGCAGUGGUGUGCCGACCUGCAGUCCCUGGACACGAUGCAGCCCAUGGAGCGCAAGCGGCAGGGCUACAUCCACGAGCUGAUCCAGACCGAGGAGCGCUAUGUGAGCGACUUGCAGCUGGUGGUGGAGGUUUUCCAGAAACCAAUGGCGGAGUCAGGCUUCCUCGCGGAAGGAGAAACGGCCUUGAUCUUUGUGAACUGGAAGGAACUUAUUAUGUCCAACACGAAGCUACUCAAGGCCCUGCGGGUGCGGAAGAAGACGGGAGGUGAGAAGAUGCCUGUACAGAUGAUCGGGGACAUCUUGGCAGCCGAGUUGGCACACAUGCAGCCCUACAUCCGCUUCUGCAGCUGCCAGCUCAACGGGGCAGCACUGCUGCAGCAGAAGACGGACGAGGAUGCCGACUUCAAGGAGUUCCUCAAGAAACUGGCCUCGGACCCACGCUGCAAGGGGAUGCCGCUGUCUAGCUUCCUGCUCAAGCCCAUGCAGAGGAUCACGCGCUACCCACUCCUCAUACGCAGCAUCCUGGACAACACCCCAGAGAGUCAUGUGGACCACUCAUCCCUGAAGCUGGCCCUGGAGCAGGCCGAGGAGCUGUGCUCCCAAGUCAACGAGGGCGUGAGGGAGAAGGAGAACUCAGACCGGCUGGAAUGGAUCCAGGCGCACGUGCAGUGUGACGGGCUGGCCGAGCAACUGAUCUUCAACUCCCUCACCAACUGCCUGGGCCCGCGGAAGCUGCUGCAUAGCGGGAAGCUGUACAAGACCAAGAGCCACAAGGAGCUGCAGGCGCUGCUCUUCAACGACUUCCUGCUGCUCACCUGCGCCGCCCGCCCCUUCGCCAACUCGGGCCCUGACAAGCUUUUCAGCGCCAAGUGCAACGUACAGCUCCGGAUGUACAAGACGCCCAUUUUCCUGAAUGAGGUCCUGGUGAAACUGCCCACCGACCCGUCCAGCGAUGAGCCCGUCUUCCACAUCUCCCACAUCGACCGGGUCUACACGCUACGCACGGACAACAUUAAUGAGAGGACGGCCUGGGUGCAGAAGAUCAAGGCGGCGUCUGAGCUGUACAUGGACACCGAAAAGAAGAAGCGGGAAAAGGCCUAUCAAGCUCGCUCACAGAAGACUUCAGGCAUCGGGCGUCUGAUGGUGCAUAUCAUCGAAGCCACUGAGCUGAAAGCCUGUAAACCCAACGGGAAGAGCAACCCGUACUGCGAGAUCAGCCUGGGCUCCCAGACCUACACCACCCGCACCCUCCAGGACACACUCAGCCCCAAGUGGAACUUCACCUGCCAGUUCUUCCUCAAGGACCUGCACCAAGACGUGCUGUGCCUCACCGUGUUCGACAGGGACCAGUUCUCACCCGAUGAUUUCCUGGGGCGCACUGAGAUGCCUGUGGCCAAAAUCCGGACGGAGCAGGAGAGCAAAGGCCCGACCACUCGCCGGCUCCUGCUGCACGAAGUUCCUACUGGGGAGGUCUGGGUCCGCUUCGACCUGCAACUCUUCGAGCAGAAAAACCUCCUGUAGGGGCCGGAGCGGUAGCACAGCGGUGGGGCCUUUGCCUCACACACGGCCAACUCAGGUUCGAUCCCCGGCAUCCCAUGUGGUUCCCUGAGCCUGCCAGGAGUGAUUUCUGAGUGCAGAGCCAGGAGUAACCCCCAAGUGCUGCCGGAUGUGUCUCAAAAAAAAAAAAAAGAAGAAGAAGAA